AGUGUUGCAUUUAAGACAAAAUGUUGAAUUGCAGCUUUAAUUACGUUAGUGCUUAUACUGCUUGACAGUCAUUCAGUUUUCUGUUACUUUGGCUUUUAAUGGUGCAAUCAUGUGAGAGCCAUCUCUCUCACACACACAGUAGGCCCAGUAAGGUGAGGAAAUAGGUGGAGUUUUCCCAACUUAGUCAUUUGCAAUGGAAAUAGUUUAGCAGCAAGGUUUUAGCACAUAUCCGCUGGUGGACCGGUUUGCUUUGAGGAUGGCUCUGCUUAUUCAUCCCGGCCGUAAAGCCGAGCUGAACCCUGUAGCCCAGAGCGCAUCGUUCAGCUGCGUCGUUUCCUACUCGAUUCUGAUGCUGAUGGCCUCGUUAAGGCGACUAUUGCCUCUUUUCUUUGCUGGCUGCGGGAAGCCCUACCACGGCCAUUUUCAUGGUCACACCACCCGCAGGCAUCCAGAGGUGGCAAACUAAACGAACCCGCGGGGGUUCCGAGGGGGAAACACUUGGUUUCUUAGCACUCACUAGGCGGGGUGUUAAAAUUCCCAACAACAUCCCACCUCCGACUGUGCUGCUGUACGAUUUGUCAUAUCAGAUGAUUAAAAUACCAAGAGUUAACUUUAACCUCAUAUAAAUCUAUUUUGGUAGCAUGUGUACAUGUCAGACACAGAACACUGCGUACACCAGGCUCACAUACCAUAAGGUGCACACCAACCAAGUGUUUACUGUGUGUGCUGCAUGACUGCAACAAGUGAUGAGCCAAAAUAACACCGUAGUGAUUUUGUUAAUGUGUAGGGCCAAUAUUCAUCAAGGAAUGUCUCAAUACAAAGAUAUGUGAGCUGUGAGGGUAAGCUUUCAGUUUUUUCUUUAUUUUAUUUUAUGUUAUUUUGUGUUGCACCCUCUCGAGCCGUUUGGCUAUUGAAAUAUCCUUAUUGGCCAAAAUACAACAGGUUGCCAUCUAUAAAUUGAGCUUUCUUUGCAUGAAUAGGCGUGCGCACCUCAGGACUCCCCAAACCCCCCCAGCUGUGUGUUGCUCCCCGCGGUGAGUGGCUACUCUGAUAGGUCCAGAGGGUUAAUGGGACUGGCCUGCAGGGCAGCAGUCUCCCAGCAUAUAAAGCCUUAGCCCUCCUUACCACAACAAACAGACAGUAUACCGGACGGUAGAUGCGCUUUUACGCGUUAAUAGGGGUCUAUUGGUUUGUACGCACACCGAACCAUUAAUGCCUCUUUGGCACGGUUGAGAUUUUACUCGUUUUUGUUUUUUUAACAUUCUGCGUGUGACCAUGACUCUCUCCAGUGAAUUUGAGGCUUCGCAGCACGCUGCUUUGCCCCUAGAAGAGGAUGAGAUUGACAUAGUGGGCGAGGAUGAGCCUAACCACGGGCGUUUAUAUCGAAAUGAGUGCUCCACGGACCCCGGCUCCUCAGCAGAAUCUGGUGCUGAGUUUGACUCUUCAGAGCCAGACUCCUCGGGGGAAAGCGAGAACAGUUUCUGCGCAGACGCACCGCCGUCCAGGAAAGCUCAGAACAGCUCGGUAAAGCCUCCCUACUCCUACAUUGCCCUCAUCACUAUGGCCAUCCUGCAGAGCCCGGUGAAGAAGCUGACGCUGAGUGGCAUCUGUGACUUCAUCAGCAACAAGUUUCCCUACUACAGAGACAAGUUCCCCGCUUGGCAGAACUCCAUCAGGCACAACCUGUCUCUCAACGACUGUUUCAUCAAGAUCCCGAGGGAGCCUGGGAACCCGGGCAAAGGUAACUACUGGUCUCUGGACCCUGCCUCAGAGGACAUGUUCGACAACGGCAGCUUCCUUCGGCGAAGGAAGCGCUUCAAGAGAAACCAGCCCGAAUUCGGGAAAGACGGACUUAUGUUUUAUUCCAACUUGAACUGCUACCGGCCGUACGGGCAACCAUAUUGCUUACAAGGCCAGGUAAGCCCCCCGCCCGCUGCUCCUAUCCGGUACAUGCCUCUACAGGAGGGCAUCAUGAUGCCUCCCUCUUCCUAUCACCUACUACCACAAACUUUGAACAGUCACAGGAAGUGCAGUGGGCCUAAAGACUUCAGAGCGCAGGUUUGCGCACCAGAACCGCCUGGCCCGCAGGCAAAGUGCUCUUUCAGCAUUGACAGCAUCAUGAGCAAGCCCUCUCCCAACUGUCCACAGAACCCGAAUCCACAGCAGAGCCCUCGCAGCGCUCUUGGGUACGGUCACCUCAUGGUUCCGACGCUCCUGCACGAUCCCAGGACUCCGGUGUUCUGCCCUCCUGCCAUGCUGAGCACGGCUCCUUUAAGAAACGAGCACCUCAGACUCUCUUACCAUCACUGCUGAAGCCUUUAGUGUCUGUAUGUUUGAUGAUAUGUGAAGACACGUCGGUGUAGCUCAUUUCUUAAAGAAAUGUUUUAAUUGCAUGAUAUUUAUGUACGUUGACCGUCAAAGUUAUAUGUCUCAAAAGAAAUCAGUGUAAAUAAGAUGAGUGGUAAUAUAUUUGCGAGACUUGCUGCAGUGAAAACCAUCGUUGUGUUUUUGUUAUUAAUUAACGUGUCAAAUAAUAAAUGUCUGAAAAAUAUCUGUGAUGUUUAAAGCUCUUUAUUUGGUUUAUUUAG